AUGGGCGAUUCAUCAAAUGAUACUGAAGCAGAUGGUCUGCAUUCUACAGUAGAAGAUGAAUCGGACAUGCCGCACUUGCCUUUGAAACGUGUCAAGUUCAAGGGAGGCAAAACACCAUUGCAUAAGGCAGUGCUAGAGGCAGAUCUGCCUGGAUUAAAAAAGAUUUUGAGUUUUCCGAAACUCUCAUGGUUGAACGUGAAAGCGAAAGGUGGUUGGACCGCCCUCCAUUGGGCUACCAAGUGUCCUAGUCCCGAGUUCAUACGGCUGCUACUAGAGAAGGGUGCAGAUCCUACUCUGCUAACGAGAGAACACAACUCUGUCUUGCAUUCAGCAGCGUCUCGUGGAACAGUAGAAAUGGUCAAGAUGAUUGUUGAAACACGCCGACUGGACAUUAACGCACAAACUCUAAAGGGAUGGACACCUAUCCACUGUGCCGUGAAUAGCCAGAAAGUAGAUGUGUUGAAGUUUCUUAUCAAAUGCAAGGCUGACAUUUUUGUUGCUACUGAGGAAGGUUGGUUGGCUUUGCAUCUGGCUUGCAAAGUUGGCAGUCUGCCUAGCUGCCAAGCUCUUUUGGAGGCAACAGACAGCGAGCGUCAAAAGGAAAUGUUGCUUGCAAGGCCUAAGAAUGGAUGGACUCCUCUCUUUUGUGCUGUGAAUGGUAUGAAUGGUGGCCAUCUUGACAUAGUGCAAUGGCUUGUUGAAAAGUGGAAAGUGCCUGUUGAUGAGCCAGAUUGUGGAGAGAAUAAGUACACAGCACUUCACAUUGCCAGCAAGCUUGGAUUUCAACAAAUUGCACAAUAUCUCAUCAGACAGAAAGCAAAUGUUGAUUCAGUUACCAAAAAUGGCUACAGACCUCUUCACUGGGCAGCUUUGUACAAUAAAGAGGACAUUGUUGAUGUUCUCAUUGCAAACAAAGCAACUGUGAAUGUUCAAAACAGUGAUAAAAACACUCCUCUGCAUCUUGCCAAGAAGAAAGGUCAUGAAUCUGUGUAUGAGAAGAUCUGCAACGCAGGAGCAGAUUUGUCUAUCAGAAAUGCUAGUGGUUUUACUGCGGCAGAAGUGAUGUCUGAAAUUCCUCCAGAAAUUCGAUCUCGAGGAAAGUCAGCUAUUCGCCAUUUUAGAGCAGCUUUACGAGAUGGGAAAACUAAGCCACACAGAAUCAAGCUUAUGCUGCUAGGAGAUGCUCGUGUUGGCAAAACUUCUCUCUUUCGAUAUCUUACUGGUCAGGAAUUUUUAGAUGUUGUAGCUCGGACCGAGGGCAUUGACACGAGGCUAAUCAGCACUCCUGAUGUUGAACCUGUCAGUGACACUGUGUGGAAGGUGAUGGAUGUGCGUCACUCAGAUUUCAAUGACAAAAUAGCUCAGGAAAUUGUAAAACGUGUCAAGCAAGAUGAGAUUGCUUCUACUAAACCACGUUCUCGUGUAUCGAUAGAGGAACUACGUUUACAAGGUGAUGAUCAGAAGUCAGCAAGCAGAUUAGAGGCAAGUUAUACUGUAACAAGAACAGAAACACACGCACAAGGCAGACCAUCAUCAUCAGACCAUCAGACUGUACCACGAUUUGCAGUACCACCAGCUGCUUUGAUAGAAGGGUCUGCACAAGAAAGCUAUGUGACUCAACGUAGAAUGGUAAGAGAUGACAGACGCUACCUUUCAGUACAGAGGCGGCAACCAUGCAGGAGUAAUCGAGUGCAUUUUUCUGAUGAGCCACAACAACAUUUUUACAGUAGAUCUUAUGAUGAUGAAGGCCCUGUAACCAAGAAAAAGAAGAUACGAAGAAAGAGAAGAUUUGAACCAGAACUAUUGCAGCAUGACUUUAGUGAAUUGCCAAUGCUGAAAUUGAAGAAGCACUGGCAAUUAAGUGGCACUCAGACUGAUGAAACGGUCAAACUAAGUGUUUGGGAUUUUGCAGGUCAACCUCUGUAUGAGCCUAUGCAUCACAUCUUUCUCACCAGACGGGCUAUUUAUCUUAUUGUGUUCAAUCUAGCCAAGUUGACUGACAGAGGAAUUACUGAUGCAGACUUGCAACGUAUUCAUAUGUGGGUUGCGUCAGUUCAUGCUCAUACAUCUUUGGAGCCUGAACCAGUGCGACUAUUCUUUGUUGGCACUCACAAGGACAGCGAGAAAGCAACAGAAGAUCGUGUGAAGAUGGCAAUAAACCAAAUUGACAAAUGCUAUCAGAAAUCAGAGGAGUUUGCUUGUCACAUUGAAUAUGUCCCAGUUGAUGAUGACGAGGAUAAUGAUGAACUUUUAGCUCGAGUUGAGAAUUCCUGUCCUGACUUUAAAGACAGAAAUGUUUGUGUACUCCGAAAGGCUAUAGUAAAGGCAGCUUUAGCAAGAAGCUACAUGAAAGAAGAUAUUCCUUUGUCAUGGCUUCAAUUUGAAGAAAAAAUUUUGAAAUUUCAUCAACAGUCUUUAUUUGACAAGAUGGAACAUUCAGCUAGUGAACCUCGGUGUUUGUUACCUUUUGAUGAAAUGAAAGAAAUUGCAGCCCAAUGCAAUGUUGAUGUGCAUAAAGGUCCAUUCCAGACAAUGAGUACAUUUUUCCAUGAUGUUGGACUUAUUGUUGUACCUGCUGCAAUGCAAGGAUUAGAUGAAGAAAUGAAAAAGUCUCUUGAAGAGUUUGUAAUUCCUAAUCCACAGUGGCUUGUUGACCUGAUGACACUUCUUGUCAAAUUACCAAACAAAAGUAAGAGAGACUCAAGUUAUCGUUCUGAUUGGCUUAUUCUUGAAAAGAAAGGAAUUUUGACACAGAAGCUCAUGCACCACAUCAUGCAUGACCUUCAUAAAUUUUCUGACAGUGACGUUGGCAUACUAUGCCUUUUAUUCCAAGCACUAGGAUUUAUCUGUAAGCUGUUGCACAGGCAAAUCUCUUUAUCUCCUGAUACAAAGCAGCUAACAGAAGAAGUGAAACAAGUGACACUGGAAGCCAGUCGUGAUGAAUCUGAACAGCAGCAAACUGACCAACGUAUAACAGACACGCAUGCAGAGAUAUAUCUUGUACCUUGUCAACUUCCAGAAGACCAUCCUGAUCUUGAAGAGUUGUUGCACAACUGGGAAAAAGAAUUCUACUUUGACUUUGCCGAUUUUCUACCUCCUUGGCUAUAUUUGCAUCUCAUUGUGCGACUUCUUACUCACAUGCAGCAACAGCCAGAGUUGCAACAUAGCCUGAAGUGUGAACGGCUUCCUAUCCUAUCAAAGAGGGCUUGUCUAAUGGCCCAGAACUUGGGCAUUCGCUUUAUUAUUAAGCCAUUGGCAAACCGGAUUAUUGUGCAGCACCAACUGAGUGAUUGCAAAGAUGAAAAGAAAUUGAUGUCGUGGCUGUUCAAUGUUGUUGCCGAAAUUUCGAAAAAAAAAUUAAAAAAUCUCACAUUCAGUUGUGGUCGUCUGUGCCCACAUGUUACGUGCCUAAAAAGGCACAUUGCCACCAAAGUUGAGGAACUUGAUAUGCACGUUUUUUAUGAUAAUGACUUCAUUCAACUAAGGCGACAAGGUUUAGCUGCUGCAAAGUGUUUACAUCAAGUUCGACUCUCUGCAGCUGAGCGGAACAGGGAUGACUGCAUGAAAACACGGAUUACAUCCAUCAAUUCAGUUCUAUCAGCAGCACAGACUGAAGCUCACGUAGAGGAAAUGUGUAACUACACAAACGGUGUUUGCCAUUAUGUAGAUGACGUAGUUCUAUGCGACUUUGCUGAUCCUGGUGUGAGUGCAUCUCAACAUGUAAGAGAGGAGCCAGACGCUGGUAGUUCGAAAACUAUUCUGCCUCAGCAAGCACUGCUGCUCGAGUCUCUUGAAGGACCUGUCUCAAAGAAACAUAUUAAUCUACUGGCCAAACAGCUUGCAGAGAAUCCUUCUCUUAACUUGACAUUUUUGGCCGCCGCUUUGAACGUAGAGGUAGAUGAGACAGUCAAGAGGUUGAAAAAUGUCAGAGAGCAGUGUUUUGAGAUUCUGACUAGAUGGCAUACACAGGCUGCUGCUGAAGACGCAACAGUAGGCUAUCUCAGACGAGCAGUUGAAGAAGCAUUGUGACAUAUCUAGUGUGCUAUGUGUUCAGCAGGAAUUGUUUUUGGGAGUUGACUUAUAUAGCUAGCUAGCUUUACGGAUUCUAAGCAUAUGCGUGUAUAUGUUAAGUUAAUUAAUUAAACUGUUUCAGUUGCAUAGCUAGUUUAAAUUAAUAUUGACAGGCCACUGCA